AUGGCGCAAUUCACUCAUACCGAGUUGGCGAAACAUCAUGACAUCAAGGACAUUUGGGUCUCGAUUCGUGGUAAAGUGUAUGAUGUUUCCAAUUACGUGGAAGAUCAUCCCGGAGGCAUUGAGGUUCUGAAAGAUGUCGCGGGAUCCGAUGCUACGGAGAGCUUCGAGUAUGUCGGCCAUUCUGAGGAUGCCUACAAGACGUUACAAAAAUUCCAAAUUGGUGUCUUGGAAUGCGAUCUAACUGUAUGGCUGUGA